GUCACGCUGGCUCGGUAGCUGUGGGAUCAUCCGGCGAAAGCGUGCUGGUUGAUGAGACUCGGAACGUUGUGCCAGAAGGAAGUCAUGCAGGCACUCCUGGAAUGGCGUCUCCGUCUGGCGAGACGAAUGUGCGGGCACCAGACGAGGCGAGAAGAAUAACGCAGGGCACUGCUAGUGCUACCACGACGAGCUUCUACUACGAGCACGAAGCUGUAGACGACGACCCGGAGAAUGCGUUGGGCGUUCCCCCGCGCGAGCCGGAAUUGCACUUCCUGAGUCCGUUCGACCUGCUCAACAUGAACCGCGCUGUGCCAAUAUUGUGAGGAAAAAUCCCCCCUCCCCAUAGCAGACCGGGAUACUUCUGAAAAUUUGUGAUGCUGAUUUGACACCACAAAUCGUCGCUGUAUUGCAAGAAGGCAAAUCCAAAAACCUCGGCGCGUCCUGCAGUCAAUUUGCAAUGCUGUAUGGCCUACGGAGGAUAUGCCUGCCUUGCUAGGCGCCUACACCAAAACGCCCCUGCUCCGGCUUAGUAUCUGCCUGCAGUCCUCUACCGCAAGACCAAGCCGAUUUGUGUACACAAAUGCCGCAUCACAGAUUUCCAGUUCGAUAUGGGGAGGGGGGGUUUUUCCUUUCAAUAGCCGAUGGUGUGGUUCUACGAGCAGACAGGGCGCCGGGCUUCAUCAGGUCACUUCCCCUGCUCCAAUGACCUUUUCUGCAAGAGUCUUGCGAAAGUCCUCGCGAUCCCAAAGUACAGCGUGUUGGCUAUGGCGUUCUCAAUCGUUACAUUCUCAACUGUUACAUGAUUUGUCAUGCAAAAACACUAUCACUAUUCACAAUCACGCGAUCAAGCCUUCUUCGCAUGGCAACUUCUCGACGCGCUAAAUAGCACUAGAAUCCAUUCCAAAUCUGUAAUGCAAAAGGCGUAAUCUGCCUCCUUUCACUUUUGCCCUUCUUGCAUAUAUAAAUUCGUGUAACAGUUGAGAGUGUAACGUUUGAGAACGCCAUAUUGGCGGGCCGCUACAGCUACCGAGACUUGGAAAUCUAUGAUGUCGAGGGCGAGGACGCCGAAAAACAAAAUGUAGUAGAGAAUGGCACUACAGAAGGUAAGGACGAGGAUAAUGAAAAUGAAAACUUAAAAGUGUCUCAACACGAUCUUAAGCUUCUCACCACUUCAAAAAUUGUGGACGCUGAAGAGCAAGACGAUGCUCCUCUAGACGACGAAUCGGCAGCGCAAGCCGGCGAAGCAGCUGCAAAGGAACUUACGGAAGUCAAGAACAUUGGCGUUAUUGAGGACAUCGCACCGCCGGAGGAGACACUAGACCACGACGCGGGUCUUGAUCGCGCCGAGGACCAAGUCUGCGUGGCAGAAGGUGAGGAAGCCGCCCAGGAGAGGUGUAAAAAUGAUGAUCCUGGAAAAUCAAACCCUGCUAAAGAUAGUUCUUUACACGACGAGGUUCUUGUCGAGCAGGAGAAGAAGCCAGAACCUGUUGUCUCCACCUCCGAUGCGGAAAAGGAAAAGAAACUGCGGCCGCAGCCCAGGCUCGUGGAGCUGUGCAACGCGGGUGUACCAGUGGAGUUCUGCACUUUAGCCAACGGCUUUGGAGGUGCAGGCGCAAGCGCGGAAAUGGAAGGCCGAAAGUCGCUUGUUGAUGCAGUGACCUUGCCGAAAGAGACUGAAGGGGUUGACAACUCCAACACUACUCCCCUACGUGGAAGAAGACCUGCCGUCCUCCGGCCGCUGACGCAAUUUGAGCAAGUGACCCAGCAUCUGACCAUGAAUGUUGGUAGCAGCACUUAUGACCUUGACCACGACGUCGUGCAUUACCAAUUCUUCGAGCGCGAUCGGCACGACCAGUUUUUACCGCAAGCCGCAGGGAAGCAAGUGAUGGAUCCGGAUGCGGGGCACACCGACGCGCCGCUCACUGCGAUCAGGGUGACACGCUUUGCGGAUAAAUCGGGGUUUGCGAUCGGAAUUCUGACUCAGCACUAUGGGAUUGCGUAACGCGUCCAACCCUUCUUGUUUCCCCUUGUUUAAAGGACAAGAUGCUUAAGCAGUAACAGCAGCUGCAGCAACACUUGAGCUUGUUUCAUCGCACUUAUUUAUUACAACAAGUGAAGCACAUCAUGUGGACUCGAGUUGUACUCUUACGUUGACUAGGUCGUCCCAAAUCUUGCUCUGUCACACGAGCAGUGCCCUCAAAUAACAGCCCCAGUAGAGAGCAAACUUGGCAUUUUGCAUGAGAAAUGAGGGACUUUAUGCGCAUUUUGCAUGACAAAUGAGGGGGUUCGUUUUGCGGGUUCAUAAGCACGGCGUUUUCGACGGGGACUCCAUGGUCAUGUUUGCGACUGACUGGGCCCGGAUGCACAGAGAAAUGUUUUCUGCGCCGGAUGUCCCUUCUGACGUAAAACAAGACGUUUCAACAUCCCACCCAAGCUCUGGUGCUUCCGCCCCAAUCACAGUAGAUGUAGAUCAACAUCAGCAGGAAGACACCGCGGGCGGUCCUCCCGUGAUAAAAACUCUUCCCAAGAAGGAGCGCCUGUGGCCGUGGCUGUCCCGCCGUACCUCAACACUGUCGUCGAGUUCGGAGGAGGAGCGGAGGGACGUGGGAACUGGCGCGAUGCUUACUGGCGAUGGAGCGCAGAGCAGUGCUACGGCGGGGGAAGAGCAGCAGCUAGGAGGAGGUCAUCGAGCGAGCAGUAGCAGUUCUCAAGAGGUGCCGACGCCGGAUCAUUAUAGCACCACUGGCACAGCGCGAGACCCAGACGCGGAACAAGUAGAUCCAAAGCCGCUCGCGACCACCGUCGUUCCACCUUGUUCAAUACCGUCCGCACCUUUGAUCUUCAAAAACCGUUUGCGCGCGGUUCCCCUCGGCACUCCGGCGAUUCCGGAAUUCCUCCCGGUUUUUCCAAAGAUCAACGGAACGGCGUGCUGCGUGGUGGGUUUUCCGAAGAAACUGCUGGCGAAGAUGAAGCAAACAGUGAUUGCCGCGGGUUUGGAGAAAGAUUAUGAAGCGACUAGUGAUUAUGAAGCAACUAGAACAACAAACGCGGCAUGUAGUACAACAACGUCGAUUAUCAACUGUAAAAAUGUCUGGGUCUGGAAGAAUCCAACUUGUCACGCUGAUUUUAGAUUCUAAAAAAAUCUGUAUUGCAUGAGCAGCAAAGAGAGUCCAAGUUUUGCUACACGGAGCGAGCAUUUGUCAUGCGGUAUAGGCAUCAGGAAGCCCUCUAAAAAUCUGUGAUGCUAGGGCAUGCAUCACAGACAUCAGGAGUCAUGCAAAAUGUGCAUGACAAACCCCUCCCCGGGGGGUUUGUCAUGCACUGACAAAAAAAGGCGGAACGCAGCGAGGAGAGUUGCCUCGCUGUCGUUACCGACCCGAGAAAGAUCCGCAUCGUAGAUGUACGCACGCAGUGCGAAAGAUCCUGUAGCUUUUUUUUUUUGGCUGUCCCCCACUUAUUAGAUUGCCGCCAAAGAUUAGAGAUAGCGUUACUCCCUUGCCGCCUUCGCGAUAUUUUUUUUAGCGGACCCCGCACGAUAUCCCUGAUGCGUUUCCCGCUUAGUAUUGCACAGCUUGGACACAUAGACACCCCUCGCUAUGGCACACCUUAUCUGCCUAGUCGCCCCUAGGUAGGUGCAGGAAUUUUCUGUGUGGGCUCUUUGUGCUUAAUUAUUCCAACAGGGGCUGAGUCUUUUUUUUCUGCCUUUCCAGCAGAGUUGUACAGAUGGGGGGGAAUUGACGGAACUGGCGCGAGACCUUGGUGACGGAGCAGGCGACAAGGGCGGAAAUGGUACAAAUCAAAAAAAAAGAUGGUGUACACGCGCACUGCUUAACUGUGUGAAAGGUGUCGGCCCUGAUUGACCUGCUGCGGCAGGCAGGUGAAUUCGUAGAACUGCUUCACAUGUUAAGUAACGCCCACCGGCCUCCUAGAUUAGUGAUGAAUUUAUAUGCGUUUUCAGAGUGGGGCCCAAUGAAAAAAAAAAAAAAAAAUGUGCAUGACAAACCUGGCAAUCUUCCAGACCCAGACAUUUUUACAUUUGAUAUCGAUCACCACCGAUGACAUUCUCACGGCGAUCGUGUGGCGCGCCCUGGUCUACGCCCGGGUGAAGCAACUCGCGCUCGACUUCACGAACAACGAUGUCGUUACCACCGUCGCGCGGGCCUGCAACUUUCGCGGCCGGAGGUUGCAGAACGCCGUUCCCAAGGAUUACUGCGGCAACGCGGUGUAUCAGAAGGAAAAAUCCCCCCUCCCCAUAUCGCGACGAAGUUUCUGAUGCUGGAUCUGCGUACGCAAAGCAGAUGUGUCUUGCUGGCGAGGACUGCAGGCCUAUGUCAGGCCUCAGUAGACAGGUUUUGGCCUAGGCGCUUAGCAUGACAGACGUCCACGCUGUAGGAGCAACAGCAUGACAAACCGCCUGUAGAAUGUGGCGGCUGUGACGAUUUGUGGUCACAAAUCAGCAACGCAAAUUUUCGAAAACGUACCUUGUCAAUAUGGGGAGGGGGGAUUUUUCCUCUCAAUACGGUGGCGUCUGUGUUCACGAGGCUGAAAGUGAAGGAGCUGCUACUGCAAAACGACCGCGAGCACGAGGUCGGGAGCAUCGUGCCGUCCACAAUUAUUGCGGACAUAGCGUUGCGACUCAGGCGCGACUUGCAAGCGCAGGGACAGAGGGACCAGGUCGAGGCUUUAGGACAGUGGCUAGAAGAAAGGCAAGCCAAGCACGAGAAAGUGGUGCAUGUCUUCGACGAACACGCGCUGACUUUCAUCAUUUCUUCCUGGAACUUCGAGUGGGAAGAGGCGGGAUUUAGUACCAGUGGAACUUCUACCGAGGGUCGCGAAGAAGGCCAAAUGCAGCUAUACAACCUGGUCGAUAAAAACAAAGUUUCAGAUGUUCCUCGUGACAAUUAUGUCAUCAACUACCCAAAAUUUUACGACCACGGAGCGCUCGUUCCGAUAGUCUCCGUCUUCACAAGAAGGCCGGACUGGCAAGGUGGUGGACUGAAUGUGUACGCCACGGGCACGAGUGAAUUCGUAAAGACGUUUGCUGAGUACCUGGACAAAGUGAGUAAGUAUUGCGUAUUUUUCUCUAC